ACCCCAUGUCCAGUGCGGCGGGGAUCUGGGAAAGGGGCUGCGCCGUUGAGGGCGGUGAUCGAGAGACGGGGGAGACUGGAUACGAGAGGAUACGGGACGGCUCGCGUUGGGACCGUUUGCGGGAUUGCAAAGUUUGUUGCGGGAUACCCAGCCGAUCACCUUUUUGCUUUGCUUUUACCCUUCGUGGGAGUGAUGGCUACAGCACGGGAGCAGAAGGGGGGGAACGGAGAUGGAAAGGAUGUGAAUUCUUUCAGGUCUCUUAUUUCGGGAGGGCUUAUUGCGCGGGGAGAAACGGCGUUGGGCUUCUCUUUUUUUGUUGUUCGAUGUGUUUGCUUGUUUGCCACAUCGUGCUGUUCUGCUUUUGUCUGCUCCUAGGUGGUCUUGCUGCUCUGAGCUGGUCGAGUUCCGAAUCCGAAUACCAAGUCGUGGUUGGUUUGAUGACACUGUGCUGGCUUUGCUGCGGUCUGAUCCGCUUCGUUUCUGAUGCUCGAGGGCCCAUUGGAAGUUAUUGAGUCUGGAAAGCGCCGGCCUGGGUCGGCGAUCUGUCGGAUGGGGCAUGUGGGAAGAAGGAGUUCCAUGUGGUUGCAGCUUGUUUCUUGCCUCUUGGUGAGAUAACUACGCUGUGGCCUCACUUUUGAGUGGGUCUUUAUUUCUAUCGGCUACCCCCUGAAUGACGGUCAGGGGCGAGUAAACAUGAUAACUUCUCUUUAAGUUUUGUCCUGGCUAGUGGUGUCCUGUCC